UCUUGUAACUUUUGGGAUUUGGUUGGUAUCCCUUGUAGACAUGCAGUUGCAGCCAUAAAUAGGAAAGUUGAUGAUCCCAUUAAGUAUGUCCACAAAUGUUAUCAUAGGGAUACAUAUUUAGCAUGCUAUAAUGAAGUUAUCACCCCUAUUAAUGGCCAAAAUAAAUGGCCAAGGACUUCUGACCCAAACAUUUUGCCACCUAGUUUUAAGAGAGGUCCAGGUAGACCCAAGAAACUCAGAAGAAGAGAGCCAGAUGAAGCUUCUCAAAACAAAUGGCAAAGGACAAAUACAAGUCACAGGUGUAAGACUUGCUUUGAGUAUGGACACAACAAAAGGACUUGUAAGAAAAAUAAGCAACUAGCAUGUGUUCAAGGAGAAGUGCCAAGAACUGUUGCAGCCACCCAAGGUAGUCAAACUCAAACUGCACCAAUGGAGACAACAUCAAAAAAAAGGGGUGUGCCAAAGGGAACAACUAAAAAAGGAGUCCAGAAUAAGAAAAGUAAGAAGUCUAAUGUUGCUGCAAAUACUGUGCCUGACAUUGCUGCUAGUAAUACUGUGCCCCAGCCAGAUGUUGCUGCAAGUACUGAUGUGCCUGAUCCAGCUGUGCCUGAUCCAGAUGUGCCUGAGCCAGAUGUUGCUGCAAGUACUGAUGUGCCUGAUCCAGAUGUGCCUGAGCCUGAUGUUGAUGCUAACAAUGUUGAUGCUAACAAUGUGCCCCAGCCUGCAAGUACACAAUCUUCUGCUGAAGCCAUGAGAAUGUAUUGUGGUAUAGACCCUGAUGAGCUUGAAGCAUUAUUGAAUGAUGAUGAAAUCUUGGAUAUUCAACCAUUGAGUGUUGAUGCAAGUCCCGUGAAGUCAAAUAGGUCUGGCCCCAAAACAUCUGCUCCCAAAACAUCAGGCCCCAAAACAUCUGGUCCCAAAACAUCAGGCCCCAAAACAUCUGGUCCCAAAACAUCAGGCCCCAAAACUUUUAUAGGCAAAUGUCCUAAGGCACCAAAACCUACUGUCAAAAGCUUUAAGGUUCCAAGGACUAAGUCACCAGCUCCUACUGCCAAGACUGUGGAAUCUGAUCCUGUGAAAGCAAUGAUAUCACCAAGGAAAAAGACUGCUGUUGUUACAUCUCCUACAAGAAAAAGUGACAGGCUUAAUACAUUAAGGACAAAAAACAUAAUGGGGCCUGGAAGGGAUGCAGAGGAACCACUUGUAAUUCCUGAAGAUGAUGAAGAAGAAAGUGUAGGCAGUGCUAUAGGGUCAAGCAAGUGGGAAGACAUCCAAAGGAACAUGACUCAAUGAAGACCUAUUAUCUUUAUGUAUUUUGAUUGAAACUUAUAAGCAGUGCUAUUUUGAUUAUGUACUUUGUUUUGGUAAUGCUGUAUUAUUAUGUACUUUGUUUUGGAGCUUUA